AUGUCGCCUGCCUCUUCGACUAGUGGACCGGGGAGCGCAUCGACAACAACAACGAACAAGGGCACAGUGCCGUCCAUGACCCUGCACACGCACCCGCAGAACAUCCAGGACUAUGAGAACUAUUUCCAUAGACACCUGCCUCUGUCCAUCAUCCGCGACUUCCACCAGAGGACGCAGAGACCGCACGCCCCAGUGCCAAGCGGUGCGCCGAUUGAAUCCCUUGUGACUGAAGCGCAAGCCGAGGCUGUCGCCGAAUGGUGUGACAGCCAAAUUCUGCUCUGGCUGCCCUUCCUUCCCUCGGCCGUAUCUCUUCGGCACCUACGCAACAGCUCGUUCAACUCUCCCUCCCUCCGCUUCCUCGAAUGCGCACAGUAUCUGAUUGCGGCGCAGUUCGGCGCCAUCAACCUCGACCCGGCUAAGGCGCAUGAGAUCCGCGGUAUCUGCCGUGACUGCCUCGCCGACACUCUGUUUGCGCCGUUGGACGAUUUCGCCCCCGUCGUCCUCGUCAUGACGUGCGCUCUGACUGUGGAGGGAGCAGGAACAUCCGAUGCGGGCGCGAUGGGCCUGCUCGCGCGCCAGUGCACGAUGCGCAAGACCGGUGACCUUUCCCUCUCCGACCGCAUCCUCGAGGUUCUGACUGCGACCUGGCAGUGCGUCAGUGUGGUAGGCGACGACGAUCUGAUCCACCAACCGCGCGCGCAUCGAAGCCUUGUCCUGCCCACCCCCGGCGAGCUGGAGCAACUGCUCGAGGACAUCGACAAGAGCCGCAACGAGUUCAGCGAGACGAAUCGAAACGGUGCCGUUGGCGCAGUUCUGCGCUGCCGGUCGUGGAUCAUGGCGCGGGAGACGAUCGAGGCCAUAUCGAGGCUCGAUCCAGGAGACGAGGACAAGCAGCUCGCAGCCCUGCAAGAAGUGAAGGACAACUGGACGGCCGCGAUCCGGCCCCACAUCACGCGGUGCCGGCAGCUCAUCACUGCACCCAGCCUGCUGUCGUGGCUCGAGGUCGAGAUGCACGCGCUCGACAGUAUUGUGUGCGACUCGAUCCUGCACUACUCCCUCGGCAACAGGUGGACGCCGCGGUACAUUUUCGGCCUGACGAAAGGCGAGCUUGGGAGCAAGAAUCUCCAAGAGUUCAUCGCGGACAAGCAUGGGCCGGCAGCCAGCAACGCGGCGCAGUCCCUCCUUGCCGCGCUCACGAAUCUCCCCGGCCCAAGCGAGUACAUCUACCCCGCACCCUUGACUUGCGCGUUCAUCUUGAAGGCGGCCCUGACGGCUGUCGAGGUGCAUGCGUCCAGCUUCAAGCUGUGGCAGAGCCAGCCCGCGCGCGAGGCGGUGUGGACCAGUCUGCUGCGCAGCGUGCAGGACAUGGCGGAGAAACUAAAGGGCGGAAGCACGGUGCCCAUGACGAUCAGCGUCAUGACGACGAUCCGCGAUACGAUAUCCAAGUGGAAGGCCGAGCUUGGACGCCCGUCCGUGCUUGCGGACCCGACGUGGGUGUCCCUCGGUGGGCCGAGCGUUUGUCCCGUGCUCCAGAGCCUGGAGGAGCUCAUGUCGACCAUCGACUGGGACCACCUCGUCAUGUAA